GCGGUGCUGUCGCCGCCGCGGCCCCCGGAGGGGCGGCUAUUGACUCCCCCCCCCCAACCGGCUGCCGCCCCCCGCCACGGGUGCGAUGGCUGUGGGCGGCUGAAGGAGCCCCAGCGCCCUCCCCCGGACGAGUUAAUGGUAAAGUAAUGGAUUCCAAAGAAUUGCUUAACACGUCGGAUCAAGACGAAACAAGGAAAAAUGCUCUCAUCAGUACCAAAGGAGGGAUCGUGAUGGACUUCCAUCCACCCUUCAGGGGUGGAGCUACUGUCCAAGCCCCUGUGUCUACAUCUCCUCCCGCGUCUUCUCAGUCAGAUUCCAGUCAGCAACCUGCUUUGGCUGACUUCUCAAAAGGAUUAGGAAACAAUGUGCCUCAGCCAGACCUUUCCAAGGCAGUGUCGCUCUCGAUGGGACUGUACAUGGGUGAAACAGACACAAAAGUGAUGGGAAACGACCUUGGAUUUUCGCACCAGGGCCAAAUCGGCAUCUCUUCUGGAGAAACGGACUUCAGGCUCUUGGAGGAAAGUAUUGCAAGCUUGAACAAGUCCUCGAGCCUGGCCGAGGACGCAAAGGGAGCCGUGUCUUCUGAGGUGCCGCUCGAGCCGGAUUUCCCAGGCAUGGCCGGCCGCAGCGCCCCUUUAGAGUCGGGAACUGCAGUCCAAAGCCAGGUUGGCUCAAAUGGUGGCAACUUGAAGUUGUUUUCUGAAGACCAAAGCACCCUGGAUAUUCUCCAGGAUUUAGAAUUGCCACCAGUAUCGCCUGGCAAGGAACCCAACGGGAGCCCGUGGCGGCUGGACCCGUUGCUCGAUGAUGGUGGUUUGCUGUCCCCCAUAUCUGCAGAUGAUGCCUUUCUCCUGGAAGGAAAUCUCGGCGAAGACUGCAAGCCUCCCAUUAUAUCUGACACUAAACCCAAAAUUAAUGACCAUGGUGACCUUUUACCCAGUUCCAAAAUGCCAAUGCCUCAAGUGAAAACAGAAAAGGAGGACUUCAUUGAACUCUGUACUCCUGGCAUCAAGCAGGAAAACAUGGGCCCACUUUACUGCCAGGCCAACUUCUCUGGGUCAAACCUGCUGGGUACGAAAGUCUCGGCCAUCUCCAUCCACGGUGUCAGCACCUCUGGGGGACAGAUGUACCACUAUGACUUAAAUACUGCAUCACUCUCUCAGCAGCAGGAUCAAAAACCAAUUUUUAAUAUCAUUCCAUCUCUUCCUGCCGGGUCAGAAAAUUGGAAUAGGUGCCAGGGAUCAGGGGACGAGGCGUUGGCUCCUCUGGGAACACUCAACCUUUCUGGCAGACCUGCUUUCUCUAAUGGCUAUUCAAGCCCUGGAAUAAGAUCAGAUGUAAGCUCCUCUCCAUCCACAACCUCAGCUACUACGGGACCACCUCCCAAGCUCUGUCUGGUGUGCUCCGACGAGGCCUCCGGGUGCCAUUACGGGGUUCUGACAUGUGGCAGCUGCAAAGUGUUCUUCAAAAGGGCGGUGGAAGGGCAGCACAACUACCUGUGUGCUGGGAGGAACGACUGCAUAAUUGACAAAAUCCGGAGGAAAAACUGCCCUGCGUGUCGCUACCGGAAAUGUCUGCAGGCUGGCAUGAACCUUGAAGCUCGAAAAACAAAGAAGAAGAUCAAAGGACUGCAGCAGGGAAGUGCCACGGGAACACGGGAUGCUCCCGAGGCAUCCGGGAACAAGAGCAUCGUCCCCGCGUCGCUGCCGCAGCUGACGCCAACGCUGGUGUCGCUGCUGGAGGUGAUCGAGCCCGAGGUGCUGUACUCGGGCUACGACAGCACCCUGCCCGACUCCAGCUGGAGGAUCCUCUCCACCCUCAACAUGCUGGGAGGGCGACAGGUGGUGGCUGCAGUCAAGUGGGCAAAGGCAAUCCCAGGUUUCCGAAAUUUGCACCUGGAUGACCAAAUGACCCUUCUGCAGUACUCCUGGAUGUUCCUAAUGGCUUUUGCUUUAGGCUGGAGAUCCUACAAGCAAUCCAAUGGCAAUCUCCUGUGCUUCGCACCAGAUCUCAUCAUUAACGAGCAGAGGAUGAAUCUCCCAUGUAUGUAUGAACAAUGCAAACACAUGCUUAUGGUUGCCCGAGAGCUCUCACGGCUUCAAGUCUCCUACGAGGAGUAUCUCUGCAUGAAGACAUUGCUUCUCCUCUCUACAAUUCCCAAGGAAGGCCUGAAGAGUCAGUCUCUGUUUGAAGAAAUCCGGAUGACGUACAUCAAGGAGCUGGGCAAGGCCAUCGUGAAGAGGGAAGGGAACUCCAGCCAGAACUGGCAGCGAUUUUAUCAACUGACUAAACUGCUGGACUCUAUGCAUGAUGUGGUUGAAAAUCUUCUGAGCUUUUGCUUCCAGACAUUUUUGGAUAAAUCCAUGAGUAUUGAGUUCCCAGAAAUGUUGGCAGAAAUCAUCAGCAAUCAGAUACCAAAAUAUUCCAAUGGAAAUAUCAAGAAGCUCUUGUUUCAUCAGAAGUGACUGCCUUAACACAAAGGGUUGCCUUAAGAAACCGUCACUCGAUAGCUUUGUUUUGUAAAGAGAAAACCUACAGAACUUGUUCCUUUUGUCCUCGCAGCGGUGUUUCUUUUGUAAUUAUGCACUACAUGUGGUUUACAGAGGGCCAAGAGUUAGGCUGGAGAAGCAGUGGAUUUCUCCCAUUUGGGAAAGAAUUGGGGAGAAAGGAAAGGCAAAGAAAUCAUAAAUCGUAUUUGUAAGAAAUUUUCUCUCUCCCCUCGUGCACCAUCCCCGGAUGCAUCAAACCACCGGUGACAAGCUCUGAGGCUGUUACGAACAUUCUGCUAAUUAAUUAAUUGCUGCAGUUGGCUGGAGACAAUUUUUUUAGGCUUUUUUUUUUUUUUUAUUUUAGUAAAGUGUUUUGGAUUUUUUUUUUUUUUUUUAAAGUUAAGGUAGCAUUUUGGUUUAUGCAUGUAACCUGAAGAAAGUUUACAAGUGUAUAUCAGAAAAGGGAAGUUGUGCCUUUUAUAGCUAUUACUGUCUGGUUUUAGCAAUUUCCUUUAACUUUAUAUACCGUGAACUCGGCUUGUUCAUUUUUUCUUACAUAAUUUUUUUGUAAUACUUCAAGAUGCCUAUUGUACAGCUGGUUUUUUAAGGUGGGGCAGCUCGUAGCUUUCCUAAACGACCUCUAGACAGUAAAUCCUCGAGUAGAUUCGUGUGAAAAAGGGUUGGGCUUUUCUAACCUAAUCGCUUUCAACUGUCAAAGCGGCUACAAAAAUUUGGCUUUUUUAAAGGGCCAGGGUGGGUGGGAGAACACUCUCAAAUCUCAUUUCAGUAGAUCCAAAUGAAACGAAUCCUUUUGGUAUAUUGCAGAAAUGUUGGAUAUGCAGAUUCAUAGAAAAUUAACCCAGUCCUCACUGGAUGUAAAUGAGCAGGUUAUUUUAUAUAUUGAAAAAAAAAAAAAAAAAAAAAAGAAGCCUGAUUUUUGCAUAUGAUGCAACAGCCAUAACGCAAAGAGUCAUGGGCUGCAUUGAUGCCAAGAAGAUCAGUCCUGACUGCCCAUCAGGAAAUUUUCAUGAAAAUAUGCAUAGCUUCAGAAAAGUUUACUACUGUGUGGAGAAACUCACAUUUUCUAUACACUUAAACCUGUCAUCACACGAGUAUAUCUGGAAACCCCCACGGACAGGGGAGGUGGACAUGUGAUUGCACCCAGUGGUUUGGGUUUGUUCUCCUGGACGGAUUCCAGAGUCCUCCUCUCCGGGGAGAUGUCCGAGCGGCCGCACGGCUGUGACUGGAUAUCCCAGCUCCAGACUCACCUGGUUAGAGACCCAAUUCCACAUCUCCACCCGUCACUGACUGCUCCAUCCUCUUUCCUGGAGAACAGGAAAGCUCCGCUACUGAGUUCGUGGUCUUAGAGUUGUCCGUCAAACUUUCUGUCUUUGUAAGGCUGCAGCCCUUCACACUGAAUUCCUGGCGUGCCAUAAAUUCCCAUAGGCCUUGUGGAUUUCUCCUUGUUGCCAUUGAUAAGGAUAUUUUCCGACGUUUAGAAGCUGUAGUAGCCUUUUCUACGUGCACCUUAACAAUUUUCUGUAUCUCAAAAUUGAAAUAUUUACUAAGCCACUCUAAAAUUUGAUUUUUACUCAAAGUGGCCAGAUUAUUUGUGUAAUAGAAAUGAGAAAGAUCAUCUGAGAAAAUACAAAACCUAAUAUAUUUUUAUAUUUAGUUAUAGUUUCAAAUAUGUAUAAUCGGUAUAUUCGCUGAUCCGAGAAAAGAAGGGAAGGGCUACUGCAGCUUUAAAAGCAAUUUAUUAAAUGAUUGUAAAAUAAGCUUGUAUAGUGUAUAAUAAGGAUGAUUUUUAGAUGACAGAUUGCUUUAUCAUGAUACAUGUAAUUAUAUUUUUUGUAGGGGUCACAAAUAGAUGAGUGGGAACCCGUUCUGUGUGGUUUGGCUGGAGGCAGCACCGGAGGCAUCGGUGUUCGUAUCCAAAGAAGUGCUUUGUUCCGAGGGGAAAACCUGUGCUCCGUGGGUGUUUGUAGGGUUGGGUUUGUGUUUAUUGAAUCACUGUGUAAAAAUUCCUGUUGGCUUUGGGGUGGGAUGCUCCUAUCUGUAUGGUCGGGAACUGCUCCCGAGGCAUGGCUGAACCAGAGCCCUGCUGCAAAAACCGUCAGCCAGGACACCCAGCUCUGAACUCCCCCCGGGGGAAUUUCAUACACAGCCUCGCUCCCACAGCAAAAACAGCUUCAAAAUUGGGCAAUAAUCCACAUCCAGGUGCCAGCAAUAUGUAAAUACAGAGCAUGGGGUGUCCACAGCACAUUUCUACUUUCAGCAAACAUUGGUUUCCAACUGAAAUAGGAAACUCAAAUUCUCCUUUCUUAAAUCUCUUUUUGAAUGCUAUACCUAUUAAAAAGGAUCCUAUAUUCAGUACUUUGGAGUAAAAUAGCACCUUUAAUAAAAGAAAAUAAUCAUUCUCUCCUUU